GUUCGCUGAUAUUGUCAAAUUGACAAUCAGUCGUGGUAGCGUAGCAUAUUUUUGAAAAAUCGUGAAUUUUAUAUUAUAAUUACUUUUAGGUGCUAGUCACAAAUAACUGCAUUUAUAACUUAGAGUAUGUGUUAAAAUAAGAAUGUAUUCAAAAUACAACUACUUCUUCCUUCUCUGUGUAACAUGGCAGAUCGCAGUGGUCUCGUCAGCCGAUCACCUGCUGGAAGGCAUUUACUGUGGGAAAGCAAAUUGUUAUGAAGUUCUUGGUGUAACAAGAGAAGCUACCAAGAAUGAGAUCGCCAAAAACUACAGACAACUGGCCAAAAGGUUUCAUCCCGAUUUGCACAGGACGCCCGAAACUAAAAAAGAAGCGGAGGAAAAAUUCAAGGAAAUAGCGACAGCGUACGAAAUCUUGCGCGAUGAUGAAGAGAGAUCAGACUAUGACUACAUGUUGGACAAUCCCCAGGAGUACUACGCUCACUACUACAGGUAUUACCGGCGGCGUAUGGCGCCGAAAGUCGACGUGCGCAUUGUGAUCGCUGUUACAAUUACCAUUAUAUCCAUAAUACAGUACUAUAGCGCGUGGUCUAAAUACGACACCGCUAUCAAAUACUUCAUGACAGUGCCAAAGUAUAGAAAUAAAGCUCUCGAAUUAGCCAAAACUGAAAUGAAAGAAGUACAGUCUAAGAGUAAAGGAGUGAAGAAGUCUAAGGCUGAACAGAAAGUGGAGCAAGACAGGUUGAUAAGGAAAGUUAUUGAGGAGAACAUGGAUAUCAAAGGAGCCUACGCCAAGCCUGAGAUUGUUGACAUACUGUGGGUGCAGUUAAUCAUCCUACCCUACACCAUAGCAUAUUACAUUUACUGGUAUCUCAGAUGGUUUUGGAAUUUCACCAUACUGAAGAAACCAUAUGGUGAAGAAGAAAAGUUAUAUUUAAUCAGGAAGUAUAUGAAACUUGGACAACAUCAGUUCAAUGCUAUAGAUGAUAAGGAGAGGCAAGAGUUCCUGGAUGAAGAACUUUGGAUCAAAGAGAACUUCAAAGUUUGGAAGGAAAUCAAAGACGAAGAAGCUAAGAAGGCUUUAGCAGAAAAUAACAAAUACAAACAGUACAGAAGGUAUAUUAAGCAACAUGGAGUUGGACGGAUGACGUUUGACGACUCAUAGUUUUGUGAUAGCAGUAAUUAAUUUAUUAAUAAACUUAGGAUCAGUCCAUUAUGGCAUUUUAUUGACAAUUUACUAUCUUAUUUUACUUAAUAUUUCUUUGAAUCAUAUAAUAAUUAAAACACCAAAAAUUAUACACAAAACAAAAAUAAAACAAAUGUUUUUUUACACAA